CGAAUUAGCAGUGGGCAAGUAGGCAACAGUUGCUGUUGAAGUGGGAGCAUUUGUAAUGGGCCCAAUUUGCCAGCAACUGAUGUCGGCCGACAUGUUGCUUUGAGGGGUGGAGACAACUUUGAGCUCCGGUGGUGACCGCUGCAAUCACCAGGGAGGCGCAAGCCACCUUUCAGAGCUCGCACUCCAUCAAGAUGCCGGUGGGAAAGUCCAAGCCAUGUCGCCGGCGCAGUGUUAUUGUUCCCUACGGACUCAAAACUUGGCUGGAAUGUCUCGCCAUGGCUGUAGCGAAGGAAUGUCCCAAAUGCAUGAGGCGUUUCAUUGCAAAGUACUGUCAAGAGCUCAUGGAGUACAGAAAUGAAAACCCCAUGAUGGACAUCAGGGAUCUUGUCUUAACAUACCAGAGUUUAAGAGAGAACAGAAGAUCUUUAAAAAAGCAUUAUCAUGUGGAUGGACAAUAUUCCCAAUUUAAAUGUUUUAGCUGGUGCACAACACUUUCUUCCUGUGAUGCCCAUAACGUCCAAGCAGAGAUCCAAAGAACUGAACGGACAGAUGAUAUGGGGCAGUCUGUGGCCAUCGAGACAUCUACCGCAUCAAAAGAUUUGAUCAGUUGUCAUUCCGAAGAUGUCUCUAAAGCUAUUGGGCUGUAUAUGAGUCAGCCUGGCAAAGAGAAUGAACAAGGGCCUUCUGCUACCACCUCUGAAGCAAUCCCUGAUGUUGUGGUCCACAAUAAGGCACCCGCGUUGGUACCCACACCAAAUCUGAGCCGAGCUCCAUCAGGGGACCUUCAGGAUGGCAAUGUGGUUGAGAAGGAAUUAGGUUGCCAAGCUACAGACAGACUAACUUACCAACAAAGCACUGAUAUAUCUAGAAGCCCCUCAGAAGAACUCUUGAGUGAAUAUGAACAGCUUUCAGAUGGUGAAUUUGAGAUUGGUGCACAGCAUGUGUCGGCGAUUGCAGUCAGAUAUCUGUCAGAAACCAUGAUGGAAUAUGAACAGUUUUCAGAGGGUGGAUUUGGGAUUGCUACACAAAAGAUUUCCGAUGUGUCAUUGCAAGAAAUAACCAGUAGUGAAGAAAGAAUGUCAGAUGAGAGUUAUGGAUCUCCAAAAUUAUCUCCCAUGUCAUCCAGUGAAUCAGCUGUCCGAGUGGCAUCACCUCUACAGACAGUUGAGUUCCAUCAUCUGAGAGACAACAAACAUGAGAUUGAUGUGAGAGCAUCUGCUGAACAACUUGAUUUGACUUCAAGCUGCAUGCUGUACAGAUCCUCAUAUGACUCACUGUCAGAGGAGGAGGAAUCGGCUGAAUCGGCUACGAUUUUAGAAAGGUCUCACAGCGAAGCAGUACUGAGGACGAUCAGCCUGGAAGAGAGACUGAACAGACAAGAAGAAAGAUCAAAAGAGGAAACUUAUUUUUCAGGAGUAACAGAUGAAACUCUACUGGAUGAUGGUGAAGAGGAUGCUGAUUUAGUUGUCCUCUAUGAAGCGCCCUCAGAUGAAUGUGUAGUUUCAUCUGAGAAUUCAGAAAUUUCAGCGGAUGUGUGUGGAGACCUGUCGCCAACUCAGGAAGGCGCCUCAGUUUCUGUGCAUUCCAGUUUCAUGGUCACAAAAGGCAGUGUUGUAAUGGGAACUACACCUUCAGUGCGAUGUCUCACAUUGUCUCCUGUGUCAUCAGAUGUUAAGAAAGAAGUUUGUGCGAGUGGAAAUAACUUAUCCAGUAUCCCACCUUCAGCAGUUAUGGAACUACCUGAUGUCUCUGGAGAUGUCAAUAUUCCAAGGGAAGAGGACAUGACAAGUCAACAUGUUGCCACUGAGAUAAAGAGACACAUCCCUUUGAGACCUUCUUCAGAGAGCAUUAAUUUUGCCUCAAGUUGGGACCAGGCCAGACUACAUUCUAGUUCUAAGCCAAGAGUGAAAGACCUUUCAAGAUUAUCAUCUCUAACAAGACAAUCAAACAGAACUACAUUAAAUGAGAAAGAGGGUUCAGCAAGUGGUUUCACUGAAGACCAUCUGAGCACAAUGGCACAUACAGAGUCUUCUAUCACAGUACUCUUUGAGAAUUCAGACGAAGAUGUUGAUGAUGAAAGUGAAUCCUUAGCUGUUGCUGAAAGUUUAGCAGAGUAUCAUUCCAUUCCGGAGGUGGUGAUUGUCCACAAAGCUCCAUCAUUUGAGGAACUGCCUGAGACAGAUGAGGAGGACCUUCAUAGAUCAGAGUCCUCUGUGGGGAGGCCUGAUUCUCUCAGUGGUGCACAGGGAUCCCAAUCUAGUGUAACGUCUCCCACAAUGUCAGUGGGUGCUGAAAAUACAGAUGGGACACCAUAUGUGGUGAUCAUUCACAAAGCUCCUUCUGAGAAAGACCUUCCUGAUACUCCGUUUACACCAGGAGUAGAAAAUAUGGUUGGAUCUGGAUCAGCUUUAGCAGAAGAUGUCGCUAGAUUACCAUUGGUUCAUGAUAAACUACCACCAAAGGCGCCACAUCAGUCAGAGGAGAAAUCAUCUGAAGCAGAAACGGCUGCAAAUCCACCAGCAAAGACAUUGUAUGAUGAGGUUGUUGGAGAUGCAUUGAAAACAUCAGAGAGCCUUAGAUCUCCUAGAUUAGGACCAACGUCAUCUUGCAUAUUAGAAGCUGCUAAAGACUCAGACACUACUACCCAUGUGGUAAUCAUUCAUAAAGCUUCCUCUGGCGAGGGUUUUCCUGAAGUUAGCAUUACAUCUAAUGUUGAGAGUGUUGGGCCACAGUCCUCUCUGAAGUGGGUGCCAUCAGCAAAUGAAAGUGUGACCUCUUCUGGAACACAGAGUUUAAAUGAAAGAGAUAAAAGUGUCUCAUCAGUGACAACCAAAUCCCCAAGAUUGACUCCGCAGCGUUCAAAGGGAGAUGUUUCUAGAACAACAUCAUCAGAUCGCCUCAGUGUUUCAGCCUCUGGCUUGAAUGAAGAUAUCUAUGAAGUUCAAUUGAGUGUUGACACUGAAAAGGACUCUGUUGGACAAAGUGUAAAGGACUCUGUUGGAACAGCCAAUUCAGCGGAGAGACUCAGAGACUCAUCUUGCAUAUCUGGUGCACUCGAAAUAUCAGUUUCAAACAGUUGUGUUAUAUUUUCAUCUAAUGAUGAUGACAUUGCAUUUGAAAAUGGAUCCUCCACCCUACAUUCAGAUCAUUACCACUCACUCACCAAGUCAGACACUAGUGCAGAGUGUUGUGCUACACUAAAUGAGAGAUUUAAUGAAAUGCCAGUUGAUGAUACACUUGAAAUGAGAACAGCAUCCUUACAACAAAGCUCCGAAGGAAUUCAGUUCUCUUCCAUAUCAAAAGAUGCUGAAGAGGCUGACUAUUCACCUAAUGUGGUAAACAUCUCUAGAGAGAAACUUCCUGAAUCUGGUGUAACAUUGGGACUGUUGGAGAAAGUGCCGUUUGCGGCCUCCAAAAAAACAGAGGAUGAUACUUUGGAUGUUCACAAUUCAAGAAUUGACACGGUUUUUGUAGGCCCAUCUGAAGCAGCAGAGCAAAGAGUUGCUUAUGUAAGGACACCUAGUGAAGAUGAAAUCAGUACAGACAUUUCAGUAGUUAUCAGAUCAGACUCAAAACUAUCUCCUCGCCAUUUAAGUGGAGAUGUCUCUGAGAGAGUUUCCUCCGAGCACCUUCAGGUGUCAACCUCUGGCCUGUGGUCAACUCCUGGUAUGUCAGCGGAAGACAUUUCUGAACCAACUUUGAGUAUUCAGGAAGUGAUUUUAGACAACACAUCAGGUGUAGUUAAAUGUUCAAGCCACAUUAAACUGGAUAGGGAACCAUCUGAAUUGACAACAACGAAAGAAUCUUCAACUGUUACAUCAAGUGAAAAGUCAGUUGAAACUUCAUUUGAUGGUACAACUGAAGCUAAAAUGGCGUCAUCACAAUCAAGUUCAGAAAGAAUUCAGUCCAAUUGCAUUUUGGAGGCUGUUGAAGUGGCAGAAAUUAUUCCUCAUGUGGUAAUUCAUAAGGCACCUUCUGGGGCAGAACUUACUGAAACUGGUAGUUCAUGCUCAUUAGGUCAUGGAAGCCUUUCAGCCACCGAUAGUUUAGAUGUUCAGAAGUCAGUAAGUGGCACUUCUGUUGUAGCACCACCUGAAUCAACAGAGGAAAGAGUUGCUUAUAUAAGGACACCCAGUCAAGAUGAAAUCAGUGGUGAAGUUUCAGUAGUUAUAGUCAGAUCCCCAAGAGUGUCUCCUCACCAUUCAAUUGGAGAUAUCUCUAAGAGAGCUUCCUCCGAGCAGCUUCAGGUGCCAAACUCUGGCCUGGCAUCCACUCCCACAGUGUUAGUAGAAGACACUACUGAACUGCUGAUAAGUCAUGAGGACGUGUCUUCAGAGAAAACAUUAGACAUAGCUCAAUGUUCAAGUGACAGUAUAUUAGAGAGGGAGGAGGCAUGCGAGAUGGCAACAACCAGAGCAUCACCACCACCACCUACACCAAGUGGCCAGCACAUCGCUGAGAUAGUGAAGUCAGAUGAGAGACUCAAAUCUCCAGUGUUAUCCCCCAGAUCGUCAUGGGCAUCUGAGAAAUUAAAUGAAAUUUCAGUUGAUGGUAUGCUUGAAGUGACGUUGACAUCUUCACAGCCAAGCUUAGAAUGUAUUCAACCCCCUUCCAUGUUGAAAAGUGCCGACGAUUCAGAAAUGAGUCCUCAUAUGUUGAUCAUUCAGAAGGAACCCUCAAUAGUGGAAAAUCCUGAAUCUGAUAUGACAACAGGGAUGUUGGAGGUAAUACCACCUGCAGCUUCCAAAAGUUCACUGGAUGAUUUAAAACAUUUAGCCUAUGACACUUUGGAUGUUGAGAAGUUAGGAAGUGACACUGCUGUCGUAGCACCAACUGAAAAAGAGCAAACAACUAUUUAUAAACAGAUACUUAGUCAAGAUGAAAUAUGUGCUGAAGUUUCAGUAGUAAGAAUCAGAUCUCCAGGAUUGUCUCCUUGCCAUUCAAGUGGAGAUGUCUCUAAGAGAGCUUCCACAGAGCAGCUUCAGGUGUCAACCUCUGGCCUGGUGUCAACUCCCAGUGUGUCAGCAGAAGACAUUUCUGAACCAACUUUGAGUGUUGAGGAAACAUCAGAUGUAGUUAAAUGUUCAAGCCACGAUGACCUAGAGAGGAAACCCCCGGAACUGAGAACAAAGGAAGCAUCUUCAACUGUUACAGAAAAUGAAAAUUCAGCUGAAACUUCAUUUGAUGGUACAACUGAAGCUAAAAUGGCAUCGUUACAAUCAAGUUCAGAAAGAAUUCAGUCUAAUUGCAUCUUGGAGGCUGUUGAAGUGGCAGAAAUUAUUCCUCAUGUGGUAAUUAUUCACAAGGCACCUUCUGGGGCAGAACUUACUGAAACUGGUAGUUCAUGCUCACUAGGUCAUGGAAGUCUUUCAGCCACCGAUAGUUUAGAUGUUCAGAAGUCAGUAAGUGGCACUUCUGUUGUAGCACCACCUGAAUCAAUAGAGGAAAGAAUUGCUUAUAUAAGGACACCCAGUCAAGAUGAAAUCAGUGGUGAAGUUUCAGUAGUUAUAGUCAGAUCCCCAAGAGUGUCUCCUCGCCAUUCAAUUGGAGAUAUCUCUAAGAGAGCUUCCUCCGAGCAGCUUCAGGUGCCAACCUCUGGCCUGGCAUCAAGAGUAGAAGACACUACUGAACUGCUGAUAAGUCAUGAGGACGUGUCUUCAGAGAAAACAUUAGACAUAGCUCAAUGUUCAAGUGACAGUAUAUUAGAGAGGGAGGAGCCAUGCGAGACGGCAACAACCAGAGCAUCACCACCACCACCUACACCAAGUGGCCAGCACAUCGCUGAGAUGGUGAAGUCAGACAAGAGACUCAAAUCUCCAGUGUUAUCCCUCAUUUCAUCAUGUGCAUCUGAGAAAUCAAAUAAAAUUUCAGUUGAUGGUAUGCUUGAAGUGACGUUGACAUCUUCACAGCCAAGCUUAGAAAGUAUUCAACCCCCUUCCAUGUUGAAAAGCGCUGACGAUUCAGAAAUGAGUCCUCAUAUUUUGAUUAUUCAGAAGGAACCCUCAAUAGUGGAAAAUCCUGAAUCUGAUAUGACAACAGGGGUGUUGGUGAGAAUACCACCUGCAGCUUCCAAAAUUGCACAGGAUGAUGUAAAACAUUUAGCCUAUGACACUUUGGAUGUUGAGAAGUCAGAAAGUGACACUGCUGUCGUGGCAUCACCUGAAAAAGAACAAAGAACUGUUUAUAUACGGAUACCUAGUCAAGAUGAAAUAUGUGCUGAAGUUUCAGUAGUAAGUAUCAAAUCUCCACAAUUGUCUCCUCGCCAUUCAAGUGGAAAUGUCUCUGAGAGAGUUUCCACAGAGCACCUUCAAGUGUCAACCUCUGGCCUGGUGUCAGCUCCCACUGUCCCAACGUCAGCAAAAGACGUUUCAGAGGACACUUUCAAGAUGCAAGCAAAUGGAAUUGGAUCUCCCAUAACAUCAUCAACAUUCAGUGAAGGAUCUUUUCACCUGGAUCCAUCACAGGGUUUCAGCCCAGUCAGAAGUCCCUCUGCUAUCCUUCUAAAAACAAAAGAUCAUCUGAAAGAAGCUAAAAUAUCUUGUGAGGAGAUGCUGGCACAGGACACAACUAAAAUAUUGUCUCAAGAAAAGAUUCCAUCCCCAGGAUUAUCCCCUAUGGUCUCUGAAAUUAUAGGUGUCUGGUGUGACAAUUUAUCUGAAGAGCAGCAGGAUGAAACGGAUGAAUCACUGGAAGGCCUGUUCCUUAAGUGGCCUAGAAAAGCAUGUGUGUCAGCAGAGUCAUUGGACUUGGAAACUGAAACUGACAUAAAUGAAGUGGCAAUUGUGGAGGAAGUGCAUCAGCAGUCUUCCAAAACCGACUUCGCUGAAAAUCUAAAAAACACCAUACCUGCUGCAACAACAAUAUCUGCUACAGCCUUGAUAGCACCUUCUACUAGAAUACCAAGUAAAGACAGUGUAGAGGUGAUGCCAACACUAUCAAGAGAGAAAAUCACAUUUCCUAGAUUGUCUCCUAAAUCAUCCUAUGUUCUACAGAGGUCGUCUCCUGAUGGACAUCAAAGCAGAUGUCUAUCACCACUGUCAAGCAGCGUAAGAGGCCAUUCCCCAGAGAGACUGGAAUCUCCUCGGUCAUCGCCAGUCACAGAGUUUCUGUCCUCAGUUGAAUGGGCAACACAGACUUCCAGAUCAUCACUCCCUAUUAUUGAUAAAGCCACACAGAUGUCUAGAACCUCACUCCUAUUAAUCAGUCAAGCCUCUCAAACAUCAAGAACACUGCUAGCAGGGGCUAAGCAAGAAUCAAGACCAUCAUUUCCAUCUGUUGAUCAAGAGACUCAGAUAUCCUGGACAUUGCCUCAGGGUAUUGAUAAGAGAACUCAGAUAUCAAGAACACCAGUGACAUCUUCUGACCAGGGCUCACAAAUGUCAUCAGUCAAUCUGCACAAUCAGGGCACACAGAUGAUUAUUCCGCAAGAGGUGUCAGUAACUGAAACGACUGUUGACUCAAGGAAAUUGACUUGCCAAUCCUCAUCAGCUGGUAAUUGGGAUGAUGGAAAGCAGUCUGCACAUGAUAUCAGUCCUGGAGGUUUUAAGGAGGCUGAAGAAACGCAGAAGGAUAAGAUAUGGACUCUCUACCACUUAGGACAAAAGAACGAUGAAGGGUUGUUGUCCACACAAGUACUGUCUGAACCUCCAUUUAAUGGAGAGGCCUACAUCCGAAACUUUGGGACAGGGGCUGUCCUUCUCUCAGAGCGGCGUAGAGAGAGACUGAAACCACUUUCAGCCCCUAUUAGGGGGAGGCUAGUUUCAGCCAGUGCUUUUAAGCCUGGGCAGAGGCCAUCCUCCCUCGGACCUAGUGAAGUGGUCAUCCGGCCCCCUCAUCCACCAAGCAGGUCCUCCUCAACUCUGCCUGACUAUGUGUUGGUGGUGGACACUGAGACUGUUAAUCUGGACAAUUUCUUUAAUGCACCAGGAACAAACCAAGUCCAAACAAAUCCCUUGGCUUGGAUGUCCAGUCAAUUUUGAUAAACAGAUGCCCUUGUUUUCCAUCCCUCUCUAUUUCAAGAGAAAAUGUAUUAUAACUUUACUGGUGACCAAGUUCAGCUUGGUAUUGAUAGUGGUACAUUUUCUUGAGGCUUUGAAAUAAAGACCAAUGAACUAG